AUGGUUGUUUAUUGUACUGCGUGUAUGAAUAAUACUAGAAAAAAUAAAAAUAUAUCAUACUUUAACUACCCCAAGGAGUACAAUAGACGACAGGAGUGGUUAAAAGCUGUCGGACGAGAAGAUCUCCUUCCAAAACUUAUUGAUGAUAAAACAAGGCAACAAUACAGAAUCUGUGAGGUCCACUUCGAGAAAUCCUUUAUUAAGUUUUCAAAAAAGAGAACUGUUAAAUAUUUAUUUGACAAUGCUUUACCAACACUUAACUUGCCGACAUAUGACGGUGCUUGUUCGAGUUCCAGCCUGUGUGAGAACGUAUCUAUACAAGAAAAUCAGAACAUUAAAUUUAUACCUACUACUGAGAUAUCAUCAAGUCCAAAUAAUACUAUUGAUAAAAUAAUUAAAUUGGAAGAUCAAUCAUAUUACAGCAUUCAGAUGGAUGAUAUUCAAACUUGUGGAAGUAGAUCGGCGCAAACGGAACUUCAGCUUUCAGCGGACUCUCCAAGAAAGAGGAAGCUAUCACCUGAAUUUCGGGAAGCGAAAAAAGAUAAACAAUAUGAUUUAGAUAGUGUAACUGAAGACGACUUUUUUAAAUUGUGUGAUAAGUUUUUGACUAAAGGUAUGACUCAAAUUAUUAAAUGGCAAAAAGAUUUGAGGGGUUAUGACGAAAACCGGUAUAGCCGCCAUUUCAAAUAUUUCGCACUCAAUCUUCAUUACUCCGGUCCAGCAGCGUAUAGAUUUUUUACGAAUACAUUUUCUUUGCCUUCAUUAGUCACCUUACAAAAGUUAGUUAAGCCAAUAGGUACUAAGCUUGAUGAACGUUUGCUCUGUGCAUUAAAAAUGAAGGUUGACAAGAUGGGAACGCAAGAAAAAAUUUGCAGUGUUUGUGUAGACUGCAUGCCUUUGAAGGCUAAUCUGUGUUAUGACGUCAGAAACGAUAGAAUUAUAGGAUUCCAUGAGAUAAACGGGAUUCAGAAAAAAGAACCAGCUAAAUACGUUGUUGUUAUGAUGAUUCGUGGUAUUAUACACGAUUGGAAACAACCAAUAGCUCACUCGUUUGUUUCUCAAUGCAAAAAACAUACAGAACUAAAUGAUUGGAUUGACGAAAUUAUAACAUCAUUACUAAAUAUUGGUCUCGACAUACGCGUCCUUAUCUCAGAUUUAGGUUCAGAUUUCUUACGCAUUUCAAAGUCGCGUUCCGUGAUCAGGGAUAAAACAUAUUUUGAAGUAGACGGACACAAAAUUUAUUACAUGUUUGAUGUUCCGCAUCUUUUAAAAUGCGUGAGAAAUAAAUUAAAAACAUGUAAUUUCAUUUUUGACAAUAAAGUAGCAAAAUGGUCACAUAUUAGGGAACUAUAUAAUGAAGAUAAAAAGCGACAAAUUAGAUUAGCACCAAAACUAACUGAUACUCACAUAAAACCCUAUAAUUUUCAAAAAAUGCCUGUGAAAGUAGUCAAAGAGGUCUUGAGUCGUACUGUAGCAUCAGCUAUUAAUAGCUACGUAGACUUAAAUCUUAUCGAGGUUGCUGCAAGAGAUACCGCAGAUUUUCUGAACAAAAUUAGUAAUUUGUUUGAUUUAUUUAACUCAAGUACAUUGCAAUCUCCUAAUAAAUAUAAAAGAGCUUUUCGUGGCGAUAAUUAUCAAAUUGAGUUUUUAGAGGAAAUGCUAACAUUUUUCAAGAACUUAAAAUUAAUAAGAAGUGAUGGACAAAAAGACGUUACAAAUAUCAUGAAUUUCAUUCACGGAUUUCAAGUAUCUAUCAAAUCUUUAUUAAAACUUCAUGAAGAUUUAAAAUCACAAAAAAAUAAAUUUAUACUAACAAGACGUCUCAAUCGAGAUUGUCUCGAAAAUUUCUUUGGCAAAGUCAGACAGGCGGGUGGUAACCGCAAGAAACCAACGUGUCGACAAGUUAGUAAUGUCUUCAAUAAAGAGUUUAUAAUGAAUAUCUUAAAGAAACCUCAAAGUAUUAAUUGUGAUCAAGAUUUCGAAUUGUUACUUAUGAAAUCAGAAGCCUGUUGUAUUUUUAAUGCACCAUUACAAGUGUCGCAAGCGGACGAUGUUAUUGCCCCUGGGUUAAUGAUAGGAACAAAUGAUUAUCGAUUUGAUUUACCAGAAAAAAAUGUUAUAGUCUAUGUAUCAGUAUAUUUGUACAGAAAAUGUCAAGAACACCAUAAAUGUGAGAAAAUAAAAGUGUACGGUAAUAAAUCUGAACAACCUAUAAAUAUGACAAAAGAUUCCUUUUUCAACCAUUACAAGGCUUUUAUUGAAGAUAGUAUACGAUCGAGUUUUUUAACGAUACCUCCUGCCAAUUUUAUCGCAUUUGUUGAUUUGCUUGAACGAAAAUUUUGCGAAUAUUUUAAUCUUGAAACAAACAUUGUUAAUAUUGGUAAUGAUAUAUUUAAACGUGUGCAAGAUUGCACAUUUGAUAUGCCAUGUGAGUGUUUUCCAUUAGAUUAUUUAAAAAAACUUUAUAUUAGAUUUAGAAUUUACAAUACAAUUAAAAGGCACAACAAAUUAUUGAAAAUUAAAAAUUAUAACAACAAAAUAUUUAGAGUAAGUGGUUUGUAA